ACUCGAUUUUCAGCCGACGAUACGAUCUGACUGGUACAUUGAUUCAAUUCUACAAAUCUUAAAGAUCGCGAAUCAAUACAAUGUUAUGUUGAAUCUGAAAGUUUGUGUUUUAAAUCUUGGCUUGUAUCUACCAAUGUUAUCUUUUAUUUAUCACACGAUAUUAACAAUAUAAAUCAUGAUGAAUGUAUUUCUAACAAAAAAGAUGGUAUCAAAAUUAAGCACAGUUUCUUAUCCUGUAACAAAUAAAAUCUCUGAAGAUGGGAGCAUGAAUGAUCAUUGGUACAAACUUUUUUCAGACAGGCAACUUCCACAACGGCUUUCAAAGGAGAUGAUAUGUAGAGUUUGUGGACAAAAUGGUUGUACACCACUUAGUGAACACAUUACAGAUUAUGAUAAUAUUAUGGCAGCAAUAAGCAGCAUUGGCAAUGUAGCGAUUAGCACUGAUGAUUCUUUACCUAAAUACAUAUGUACUGAAUGCUUAGAAUCUCUCAAGAUGGCUAUCAAUUUUAGAAAGAACUGUGAGGUUGCAGACAGAAAAUUUAAGAAGAUAUUAAAUCCCAUGGGAGAUCCAUCAUUGCACUCAUAUCCAUACUCUAAACAUGAUUUCCAAUUAAUACUUCACCAUUUUAAGAAGAAAAGAUUAAAACAUGAAGAGGCUCAGGAAUUGGAAAGAAAGAAAAAGGAGAGAUUACAACAAAAGCAACAGCCAAAGAAAAAGGAGAUAAAAUGUUCCUCCUGUGAUAUGGCAUUUACUUCAAGGGAUGGAUUAAUAGCCCACAGACAAGUGAAACAGUGUAUGCUCCGUGCAUGUGAUGUUUGUGGUCAGCUUGUUUAUAGUAUCGCCAAGCACAUGCGACAUUUUCAUAAGGAGGUAAUUUCACACAAGUGUCCAACUUGUGGUAAGGAGUUUCCGGUUAUUGCAAGACUGAAAAAUCAUAUGCUUGUCCAUACAAACACAUUCAAUUUCUUCUGUGAUCUGUGCCCUUACAAAUGCAAGUACAAGUACUAUCUAGUGAUGCAUAUGCGAACACACACGGGCGAGAAGCCAUACAAGUGUACAUCGUGUCCCGCCACAUUCGUUAAUCCAUCAAAUUUGAACAAACAUAAACUAACACACCAGGAAAAACAGUUUAAGUGCAUUAUGUGCGACAAAGCAUUCCGAACAAAUGCAGGAUUACGCGAACAUCACGACGCAACACAUAUGAACAUAAAACAUGCUUGUAAUUUCUGUGGGAGGGAUUUCUGCUAUAAGUCAGACCUCCGCAAACACGAAAUACGAACUCACAACAGAACAAAGAGAGAUUAUAUAGGUGGGGAGCCGUCCUACAAACAAGUAGAAAGAAUGCAAAAAGUGGACGUGGAAAUGGACAAAUGGCGACAGGAUAUGGUCCCUCAACCAAUUGAAACAUAUAUAGAACAGAAACAGGACUAUUUACCACAACAAAUAUAUUACACUGAUGUUAACGGGAUCCUGCAGCCUGGAAUACCUCAACAACAAACCGUUCAGCUAACAUUACCGGAACUGGAUAUGAAAAAGGACGAAGUGAAAGUUUAUGGGGCUCAGCAAUCUUUAGGAUAUUUUUAAACUUAUAACACGUGAAUAAUCGAUGUACGAAAACAAUUGUAUGGCACUGAAAGCUAGCAACAAGCGAGAAAGACAACGCAAAUCUCUCUCUUAAUCCGAGAGAUCAUAUGGCCGAAAUUAAUAAUCAAUCCUGAUCGAAUUUCCAUCUAAGAUUAGUAUUACAAUCCGUUUUUUGUAUUAAAUAUGCCAAUAAACUAUCUACGGAUUGAGUUUGGUAUUUUAAAAAUCAAUACAUCUUUGGGAGUGCGGAUUACAGAUUAAAGAUUGACCUCUGUUCGAAAAAGCUAGUUUGUGCGUGUCAAUAACCAAUCUGUCUACUUUGACGUUUGUUUCAAUCCGUGUAAACAAUGUUAUAUUGCAAUCUGAGAAAUUCCACAGUUUGCUGCUUGGAUUACAAGUUCGUAGAAAGAAGAAAUGGCCAUAGCAUUAUUAUUUAGUGAUGAUGGUGAUUUGUUGUUGUCGUCGGUUACUGAUAGCAAAUCAGAAGACGAACUUCGCGCUAGUUCCCGAGGAUUAAAAAGGGUGAACUAUAUGCAGAUUCUCGAUGAUGCUGAGUUCACAUUUAGGUUUAGAUUAUCUAAACCUGCGGCGGAAACUCUCUUAACACGAUUGAUAGUUAAAGAAAACACUUUAUCAACGGUUUGAAGUUAUGUAUUAUUAUAAACUUACCGUGGUCACCGUGACCACGCACGCUGUAAAGCACGCGAAACGUUGUAGUUUUUUUUAAAUUAUUUAAAAUAAUCAUAAGUUUAUAAUAAUACAUAACUUCAAACCGUUGAUAAAGUGUUUUCUUUAGAUGUGUAAAAUUUAUUUUAAAGAAGACCGGGCCUUAAGGGACAAUAUUUGUUACCAUGGUUACCAUUCUUACUUAUAAAAUAUUAUCCAUGGUAACAAAUAUAAGAUAGACCACGCUUUUAAACUUUCGUCGGAUUUUAUAUUUUUACCAUAAAGUGAUACUCGUUGACAUGCAAUUAACCUGAUAAAGUGUUGAUGUCGCUCAUUCUGAAAUAGGUUUUUACCGGUUUUUCUAUUACUAUCUGAUACAGAACCUUAUAAACGUAGAUCAAAUUUCUCUAUUUCGGAGGCCUAAACUUGAAUUCAUAACAUAAGCCCCACGAACAAAACAAAUGCAUGAGGUGGUAAAAUUAUCUGUAUCUCUGGUUUGCAAUUUUACAAUACAGAUGAGUUUUCAUAAAGUUACAAGAGAGAGCUAUGCGAGUCGAAGAAGGAUGUUUGAGUGAAUAGUGUUGCCUUCCUUUUCAUUUAGUUAUGUCAAUUGUAUUAUAUGUCUGCAUCGAAGUUGUAAUAAAUAUAUGAAAUAAAUGAUGAAGGCUGAAGUCACAACUAUUGUCAGAAUUGUAAAAUAAUAGAAUCUUAUUAAAAUGUGAUUAUCUUUAUAUUGUAUAUCUU